CUAAAACCUCAUCCUUUUUUUACAACAGACACAAGUUUAUUCAAGAUGGGUGGUGGAGAUUUGAACAUGAAGAAGUCGUGGCACCCGCUCCUGUUGAAGAAUCAGGAGCGGGUCUGGCUGGAGGAGAAGAAAGCGCUCGAAGAGAAGAAGAAAUUAGACCAGCUACGCAAAGAGAAAGAGGAAGAGCGACAGCUGCAGGAACUUCAGCGACUGCAAGAAGAGCAAACGGGCAAGAAACGAACCGAGAAGUUGGAAUGGAUGUACUCAACACCUGCCACUGGCAGUAGUCAGAAUGCCAAUGACCUUGAGGACUAUCUUCUGGGCAAGAAGCGAGUCGACAAGAUUUUGACCGCUGACGACAAUGCUAAACUUGGUGCCUCGCACAAGGAAUUCAUCGCGGUUCAAAAUGCUAACACUGCUCGUGACAUUGCUUCCAAGAUUCGCGAAGACCCUCUACUUGCCAUUAAGCAGCAGGAGCAAGCCGCUUACCAAGCUUUGAUGUCUAACCCUCUCCGCCUCCGAGAAAUGCAACAACGCAACGGUGUCAAACCUAAAAAAGACAAGAAGGAGAAGAAGAAGGAGAAGAAGGAGAAGAAAGAACGAGCGCGGUUGGAAGAGCAUGGUAGGAGCCGCUCUUACUCACGAAGUCAGAGUCCCCGUCGCCAUUCGCCUUCGUAUGACCGGUAUAACCGAUCUCGUCGCUCGCCUUCAUACGACCGAAACGGUCGAUCCCGUCGUUCGCCUUCACAUGAUCGGUAUGACCGCUCGCGGCGCUCUCGCUCGCCUAUUCGCCCAAGUUGCGAUAGCCGGAGAGACGAGGAUCGCUAUGCCAGCAAACGUAAACGCAGUCCCACUCCUGAUGCUCGAUCUCAUCCUCGCGGCGAUCCUCCAAGUCGCGAACCUGGCCGUGUUGAUACUUGGCCACGGUCUGAUGAGUCCGACGGCAGUAACGACCGACGCCGUUACGAUGGCCGCAUGGCCCCUGUGGAGGAUCGGCGCCAACGCUCGCGUAGUCCUACUUCUAAACGCACCCGUCGGUCUCCAUCAGCUCCACCCAGUUCAAGGCCAUCCAAACCAUCUCAGAAUUCCGCCAACGGCACUACAGACCGCGCUGCUCGUUUGGCUGCCAUGCAGUCAAAUGCCUCAACGCACGAGCAGGACCGUCAGAAACGGCUCAUCUCUCUGCUAGAGAAGGAGAAAGCCGAGCUUGCGGAAGAAGAAAGGUUGCGGGCCAAGUCCAAGGGUAUGGGCGGAUUCCUCAGUCACGAACAGAAACGAGUCUUUGGUGGCGAGGGUGGUCUCGAAGAUCGCAUACGUCGGGGACGCGGUGGUAUGGUCAUUGAUGCUGAUUAAGUUCGUUAUUACUGGGUAACUUUCACAAAUGCGACUGGCGUCGAUGAUGUAUGUAUGUAUACUAAGUCAUGUUAAUCUAUUCUACUGUGCCAGGAAACCUCCAACAUGGCCAAACUACCAGUCGACGAUCAGGCUGCGAGGCCAUUCUCAAGAUCAUCACCUCCCUCCGUGGACGAAUCCGAAGAUGAGGAGUCUUGACUGCCACUUCGUGCGAAGGCUCGAUUGGUGACGGAGAGGGAACGUUUCAGCGACGACGUAUGUUUUUGUGACCGUUUCGUCGGAAGGGUGAGAGCCGAUGAUGAACGAGCGAGGUUCUGCGGACGAACGCUGCCUCCGCCCAGACCUCCCGUGAAGUCGAAAACCAAGGACUUCUUGUCCUUAGAAAUGUUAAAAAGUAGGAGGCGAUCGGAUGCUGUUGAGCGUUGCAGAACCAGAUUUGUGGAGGGGCUGAACUGAGACGAGUCCAAGGUCUCAGUCAAGAUGAUGCUUUCCCCGGACCCGUUGCACGGCAUUGCAGAGAGACUGGCCCACUUCCAGCAUAAGUCAUAUGUCUCUCGGUCGUGCGCUCCCUUGCACUGGGCCAUCUUCGGGUACUGGCCCACCUUUGCAACAGCCUCAUAUGAGUCUGGACGUCCCAUGGAGACUUGGGUCGAGGACUCUACCUGACAGGUGUGGUCCCCAUGAGGCGCUGGGAGCUCCGGAGGAAAAUGGACGUGACUUGAGAACAUGGCCGUCGAAGCCAGUGUUGGUGUAUGCGCAGCG